AUGCCACUGAACCCGAUUCUGGAAGUUGAGAUCUUUGAUGUAUGGGGAAUAGACUUCAUGGGACCUUUCAAGCCUUCCUCAAACGGGCACAACUACAUUCUAGUCGCUGUAGACUAUGUGUCCAAAUGGAUUGAAGCCAUCCCCUCCCCAGCCUGCGAUGCUAAGGUUGUUAUCAAACUGUUUAGAACCAUCAUCUUUCCAAGAUAUGGCAUCCCAAGGGUUGUUAUUUCGGAUGGAGGUUCCCAUUUCAUCAAUAAAGUGUUUGAGAAGUUGAUGAAGAGUUAUGGAGUCAAGCACAAGGUCGCUACACCUUACCAUCCUCAAACCAGUGGGCAAGUUAAGGUCUCCAAUAGACAGAUAAAUGCCAUUCUGGAGAAGACAGCUAAGUUUGGGGGUGCCAACUCGAGCUCGAUCGAGUUGGGUGUAAAAACCAGAAAAGUGGUCUUUUGGAGCAUUCUGGAGCAUAUGGGACAAGGAGCAUGGAGGGACUUGGCACAUGGACGCAGCUCAACUGGAUACGCAAAGGAAGAAGGGAGAAGCCAUCUUGAAGACCAGCUCGACCGUCUACUCGACCAACCGGUCGAGUUCCUCAACUCGACCGGCCAAGCUUCAACUCGAUCGAGCUGA